ACUCGCGGUAUGGGAAAAGGCCUCUCGACGAACCCGUCCAACUCCUCCAUGCUUCAGCAAUAAUAAAUAACCAUGCCGAUCCUCGACAAAGUCCCGGGGGAGCUGCAGCUGUUCAUCGGAGGUCUCUUCACCGUCCGACGCACAGAAUCGCUGCAGGAAAACCACAUCACGCACAUGCUGACCGUCCUGAACCUGCCCGUCGACCAGGACCAGUUCAAAGACUACGUCCACAAGACCAUUGCAGUAGACGAUGUAGACGACGAGAACCUGCUCGAGCACUUCCCCGACUGCAUUCAAUUUAUUCAAAGCGGUCUGGAUGCCGGCGGAGGCGUGCUCGUCCACUGCGCAAUGGGCAAAUCCCGCUCGGCAACAGUCAUCUGCGCCUAUCUAAUGUACCACUACAACCUCACCCCCGACGCCGCGCUCGCCAAGUUGCGCGAAGCACGCCCCUUCGCCGAGCCCAACGAUGGCUUCUGGAAGCAGCUGCAACUCUACCACUCCAUCGGCCCGCACAAGCCGCUGGGCACCUCGCCCCUCUACCAGAAGUGGCUGUUUGAGCGCGAGAUGGAGCUGAGCCGGGCUUGUGGUUUGGCGCCCGAGGCCGACAAGAUUCGCUUCGAGGAUGAGCAUGAGGCAGAUGAUGAUGAGCGUGAUGACGAUGAUGAUGCGAUGAGUCGGACGCCGGGGUUUGAGUUGCGGUGUAGGAAGUGCAGACGAACCCUAGCAACAUCAACCUACAUCCUCCCCCACACGCCCAAAGAACAGCAACAAUCCCAGGACCCAUCCACAAACCCCAUCAGCACCCUCAACUCCAACAACACAAGCACAAGCAACCCCGCCUGCGCCCACCACUACCUCGACCCCCUAAGCUGGAUGCGCCCCACCCUCCAACAAGGCCACCUCAGCGGCCGCCUCGAAUGCCCGAACCCAAAGUGCGGCGCGAACGUAGGCAAGUACGCGUGGCAGGGGCAGCGGUGCAGUUGUGGCGCGUGGAUCGUGCCGGGGAUUAGUCUGGUGAAGGGGAGGGUGGAUGAGGUGCGGGUUGCGCCAGCGGCGUCCGGGAAAGUUGGUGGUGGGGAUGGUGGGGAGGAGGCUGCGAGAAGGAGAGCGGCGAUGGGGAUUCGACUUCCUCCUGGUGGUGGAGUGAGUACGAGUACGAGUGCUACGACGACUACGAAGGCCACGGCGACGACGGGUGGAGGUGGCGGUGGUGGUGGUGGAGGAGGAGGAGGCAGAAAGACGGGAGCCGGAGCGGAGAAUUUAUAAUGUGAUUGGUGAUAAC